AUGGCCGAGGACGGGCCGAAGCAGCUGCAGCUCAGCAUGCCCUUGGUCCUGGACCAGGACCUGACCAAGCAGAUGCGGCUGCGCGUGGAGAGCCUGAAGCAGCGCGGGGAGAAGCGCCAGGAUGGCGAGAAGCUGCUGUGGCCGACCGAGGCCGUGUACCGCCUGGACUUCGUCCGGCAGCAGAAGCUGCAGUUCGAGCGCUGGGACGUGGUGCUGGACAAGCCGGGCAAGGUCACCAUCACGGGCACCUCCCAGAACUGGACGCCGGACCUCACCAACCUCAUGACGCGCCAGCUGCUGGACCCCGCUGCCAUCUUCUGGUGCAGGGAGGACUCGGACACCAUGGAUUGGAACGAGGCCGAUGCCCUGGAGUUCGGGGAGCGCCUGUCGGAUCUGGCCAAGAUCCGCAAGGUCAUGUACUUCCUCAUCACCUUCGGCGAGGGCCUGGAGCCCGCCGACCUCAAGGCCUCCGUGGUCUUUAACCAGCUCUGA